AUGGCUACCCAGUCGUCCUCCCAAGGUUCGCGUAGCAGCACCAAGAGUCGUGGGAGAAGGAGGACUUGCUUCUGUGGAGAGAGACCGGUAUUGUGCACGUCAUCUACAGCGGAGAACCCAGGAAGAAGAUUCUGGGGCUGCGUCAACUUUCAGCUAGGAGAUGGAUCCGAUUAUUUUGCUUGGGCAGAGCCUGAAGGACAAGUUCCACAAAUUCAAAGACUGAAGAACAAAGCAAGCUCGUUGAAAGAAGAACUGCAGAAAGCUGAAAGGAAGUUUGCAUUGGCACUUGGUGUUGGAAUUCUUGGAUGGACACUGGCUGGGCUGCUGCUAUGUGAUCGACUCAAUUGA